AUGAAUCUACUCUAAUUUCUAAAGUAAUUCACCCUAUGGGUAUAAUAUGUACACAAAUCUCUACAUGAAUACAUACGUCACCAUCUACGAUCACUGAGCCGUUCGAACCGAAGACUUUUGUCAGUCAAACUUGCCUGGAAAGUCAGUGAUAAAUUUGAGACACUGAGGUUUUUCGAGGAACAUUGAAUGGAGCAGUCAUCUUGAUCUUACCAAUGACAUCAACCAACCAAUCAGAACCGCUGCUAUUCCAUCUGCAGUUUCAACAGGGCCCUGUCCACGGAGGAUUCUAUUGUUACAAUAGAUAUCCUCCAUGGACAGGUCCAUGAGUUUCCAGGCUACUUGGUUGUACCUGCCUGUACCAUCCAUGGCAAUAUCCAGGCCUGUGACUUGGUUGCGGUGCGAUGUGUUUACACAUUGCAAGAUCGAGUGCAGUGUUUACUGCAAAUUAGUAACAAAAUUUCAAGAAAGAAUCAAAUUGAUUUACUCUUUAUUAUUGGUGAAAGAGAAUAAGAGAUUGUAGAGAAAGAUUAUCAAAGAUAUUAUGUUCGGUGCAGCUGUGGGUAGAAAUGGUUUCUAAUUUUUAUUAGAGCCUAUAUAUAGAUUUUUUUACGAUGCUUGCGAGUGAAGUGUGGGUGUGUGAAAUGCAAAUUAUGGUUUGAGAGUUUCAUCUUAAUUUUUAUCUAUUUUUUUAUAAUUUGUUUACUUUAUUUACAUUUUAAGUUGUUAUUUUUACAACUUUUGAUUUAAAGCCCACUUCACUUCUCACCUUUUAGUUUGCUAAUACACGUCAUAAAAACUAUCAAGGUGUUCUAGGACAAUUAAUACUUCAUAUUCUACAGGACAAUGGAAGGUUUCAUUGGUUACAAGUGCGCAGAGGCAGGCCUCACAACCACUAACAUCGCUUCAAAAAUAAGCCAAGUAACUCUGACAAAUGGGAUGGUUGUAGAACUUGCCUCAGUCAUGAACAGUGACCUAUGGAAAAGCUUAGGAACAGAGUUAAAAUGCAAUCCUGUAUCACUCAAUUCAGCAAUGGGGAGGGUGAAGGAGAAGUGUUCCAAGCUGAAGAAGAAUGCAACAACUGCUGGGAAGAAGGCCCUUGAAGAGUACUUAGCUAUGGCAUUCAACCUCCCUCAACGUAGAGAGACGAAGCAGAAGAUGGAACCCAGUAAGCCACAGUGUAGAAAUUGUGUAGGUCUUGUCAGAAGCUUGGAAACCUUUGAAAAGAAAAAAGAAGAGAGUGUGCAUCGUCUGCAGAAGAAAUUGGAGGAGUGUGAGAAGAAAAGAUCAGAGGAUAGAAGAAGUGCUUCCAAGAAAUUGAAAGCUUUGUAUUCCAUCAUUGGAGAAGUUGGUUGCCCAAAAGAUGUCAUCCAGAACUUCAAGAGACUUAGAUCCAGCCGGUCUAUGUGGCAAUGUAAAUUUCAGGCCCUGAAUUCCACUUACACUAGAGUCCAGUCACUGCAUCGAAGAGCAGUUAACAGAUGUAAACUUUAUAAAUCCAGACUAGAUCGCCUGAGAUCCAAGAAGAGCAAAGAACCCAGAUGUAAACAGCCCAAGCAAAGACCUCCAGCUACUUUAGGACAUGUUGAUUAUAUUGACGACCUUCAUCGAAAUAUUGAUGAGUUAGAAGGACAAGUAGAGAGCUUCACCAAACCACUUUGUACGAAGGAAGGAAAAGAAUAUUCAAGUAGUAUCAGACAAGUCUCGUACUUCCUUCAGGACCAAGGUGUGGCGGAGCACAGGGUGAGUGAGGUUAUUCGCACAGUGAUGGAGAGUCUUGGGAACCAGCCUGUGCCGAGUCUGCCAUCAACCUCAACACAAGCCCGCUUUGCUUCUGAAAUGAAGACGCUAUCAAGAGAACAGGUAAGGGAGGGAGUAGAAGGUGAAGAUAGCCUAACCCUCAAGUACGAUGGAACCACGAAAGGCCGCCUUGGACACCUGGCAGAGAUAGAGGUGGCAACAAGAUCAGCAACCUUCCUGACAGGUGUCUACCAGCAACCAGGGGGCACAGCAGCUGAUUACGUGACUUCCAUCAAGGCAUCGUGUGAAGGAGUUGAGGAAGACCUUCUCUGCAAAGUCAAGAACACCAUGACUGAUAGAUGUACCACAAACUCUGCAGUUGACAAGGAAUUGGAGGAGGAGACUGGGAGUAGUAUUAACUCAUUCCGUUGUGCAAUGCACCCUUUGGAUUCUUUUGCCAGACAGGUCAAUAGCAUUCUUUGUACCGAAGAUAAGAAGAAGGCCUCUGCUUUGGGAACUACGUUUAUGCCAUUCCAGAAACCUGGAGAGAGUAGAGUCCAAGCACUUCUUAGAGCGGCUGAUAAGAUAUUUAAUAAUGCAGCAAGUGGGGACAACGUUGGUAUAAAGACCUAUCUUCAUGACAAGGGGCUGCCCUCCACUCUACCACGCUGGGUGGGAAACAGGUUCAACAUAUUGUUUUGUAAUUCAGUCCUUCUGUUUAAGUGCGGCGAUGGAAUACUUGAGUAUUACACCAAGGUGCAGCGUCCUCAGAACAAUCUUCAACGAGCAUUUGUUAAUGCAUGGACCUCCUCCUCAAAAGUUGAACUGAGAUGUCUUGGUGUUCUCCAGUGUACGGUGAUGGGACCCUGGAAGGGCAUGGCUGGGAGAGACUUACCAAUCCUGGAGAUGAACAACUUGUUCCUUCAAGCACGUAACAUCCUUCAAGACUGGGAGCAACAGCCUAGCAAAGUCUUGGAAGGUGUAUCCAUCUUUGGACACGACAUUGAUGAUGAAUCAUGGGCUUCACUAUGUCAAGUUCCCCCUGAUGAGAUCGAAGAAGUUCACGCUCUUAUCAGCAGUCUGAUCCAUGGCAUCGUAGAGGUUCUUGAUAGGCAGCUCAGCUCCCAGCUACCUGGAGGCAAGUUCUGGGAACCGUCUCCUGAAUUGACAGAUGAUGCUCAGUCUUGCGUUUCAACAAAUAUCAGCGGGGAGAGGAACUUUGCCCUUCUUGAUGCUAGCCUUCUAAGAGCACCAAACAUAUCGAUAGGGAAGGCCGAAAGUAAAGUGAUGUUUAAGGCAAAUAAAACAAGGAGCUGGCUCGAAGACAAAUCGCUAGAAGAAAGAAGGAGAGUGAUCAACCUCGGUGUAAAGAAAGCCAAGAAAGUUAGAAGGGAAGAUAAGGAGAAAAAGGAACAGUAUGUUGAAAUGGUGAGGAAAAGAGUGCGAGAUAAACAGCAGAAGCAAUCUGAGAAGGAAGGAAGGGAGAGAGAUAAAAUUGAAGAACUAUUCGAACAUAUCAUCGAAAGUGGUAUUUGGAGUGGAGAAGAAAUCCACCAGCAUGUUCAAACUCUGUCAAAGACGAGGGCUUCUGUUUUGCUCCGGAAGCAAAUCACAUUCAGGACCAAAAUUCUAGGGAAGAAGAUAGAGAAGGCAGCACUGUCAAAGUGUUCAGUUGAUGAGCUGAAGAACAUCCUCCAAAACAUCCCAGUUGAAGACUUAGAUAAUCACUAUCUGCAUACAGUAAAAGAUCCAAAAUACUUGAUCGGAAAAUCUAUCAUUCAUCGUUGGGAAGAAGCUGGCAAGGACAGUUGGUAUGAUGGAGUAGUUGAUGAGCUGGUAGAGAAAGAGUUGAAGAUGAAGUAUCAGUCUUCCCAGGAGCCUUUCUUCAUGACCGUAGCUGAGCUUCUCACUGAUCUGUACCAAGAAGAUAUGAUCAUCAACUUGUAAUCAAACUAUAGGUAGGAGUAUAUAUAUAUAUAUAUUCAUAUCCUACAACAUGUGAAAAUGGGAGAUUGGGUAGAGAUGCAUUUAAAUCAACUGUCUUAUGCCUGCCUUCAUAUUGUAUCAAUUGUCAUUUAAGGUUCAUUAUCCAAAUUAAGUGAAUCAGUGAGAAUAUAUUCCAUGUUUCGUGGGUAUACACCUCCCCAUUUUCACCUGCUAUAUGAAGAAGAUGAACAAGGUUGCGCUUGGAGCUGGUAAAAAGGAAAAACUGAGUAAAAAAUGACAAAGAGUUUUCAAAAAUUCCCCUUGAGGGCUUAAACAAGCAUUUUAUUUGAUGAUGGAUGGAGACAUAAUUUUAAAAUAUGCAUUUUAUUCAUUUUCAAAUGUGCUCCUCCUUUUAGCCCAAAGGUUGAAAUCAUGAAACAUUGCCCCUAAUUUUUCUUAUUUUGACUAUUAACUUUGAUUGAAAUAACAAGAACUAGUUUACUGGUAUAUCAAAAAUACUUGUACAUAAAGUCCUUUCAGAUUUUGAUACCAAAACUUGGCUAAAUAUUCAUUCGAAGUUGUGGGAUGGAAAAGCGCGAAGAGCUUGCAGGUCUGUUGACAGUACCUGGAAAGAAAAAGAAAAUCAAAACAUUUUCAAUGUUAGAAAAAAAUACUUUAUAUCGAUGCUCAAGUUAAUUUUAAGUAACUUGUGCCCACAAUAUGAAUUGUUGGAAACAGAACAAAUAAAAAUAGUAAUAUAUCAAACCACAAAUACCCUAUCCCACCAGUUCGAUGAUUUAAAGGCAAAAAAGGAAAGAAAUUUGUUGCUUUUGCCUCCAACCCCCCCCCCCCCCAUAUUUCCAUCUAUAUAUAACAGCAAAAUUGAGAAAUUGCUCUUGUGAAUUAAGUUGUGUGUAAUGUAUGUUUGUAUUUGGGGCAAAAUUUUUUUUUUUAAAGACAGCAGAAGAAACUCAUUUUUUUCCUUUAUUUUUGGGGCCAGUAAAUUUUAGGUUCGGACCAGUAAAAGAUUGAAAAAUUGAUUUCUACCGGUCGGCAUUGGCAGCGGAAGCCAAACAUUUUAGGGGGGGGGACCACCAAAAUUUUUUGACAAGCAAGCACAAAAAAAGGCUAUCAGGCCAAAUUUGGGAGGGAAAAAAAAUUGGCAAGCAAAAAAAAAAGUAGCAACUAAAAAUUUAGGGGGGGGGGAACGUCCCCACCACCUAAAAUUUAGGGGGGGGGACAUGUCUGCCUAUGCCGGUAGGACAGGAAAGGUUGGACCAGUAGGGGAAAAAAAAUGUUAGUACGAGUAUAAAAUGGGUUUGAAAUUUUAUAAUUUACAGCUUGAUGGUCUGCAAAAAUAGCUGGAAAGGAAGAAAAUGAAACAUCUUCAAGAAAAAACAUACACUUUUAAAUUGAUAUUAUGUAACAAGAAAUAGGAAUAAUUAGAAUGAUUAUGAAUACUAUAUCCCAUCUGUCCCUCCAGUUGAUGCAACCAGUGCAAUGAUUUAGGACAACUUUGCAACCCCUCCCCCCAAAAAUUAAGGGGGGUCCACCUGAAAUUUUGUGAUGGACACAGGAAAAAAAUUUGACAAGCAAAAAAAAAAAAUGUCAUCAACUUAGAUUUUAGGGGGGGGGGAGGCUGUCCCCCACCUCAAAUUUAGGGGGGGCUGUCCCCCCCCCUACACACACUAUUACAGCUCAAUUGCAUUAUUAAAGGUGUAAAAAAAAUAAGUAAAUGAAAGAUUAAAAACUGUGAAAGGCUAAUUAAAAAUAAAGGAAAUAAAAAAAUGACUAUCAGAAACAAACAAUUUAUAAUGCAAGUGGAAAGGAAAGUAAUAAUAAAUCAAGUUCACAUUUGAUUCAAUGAAAUAAAAAAGGAAAGAUAAUAGGGUCACAUCAAACACAGCAUGUCACAAAAAAGGUUACAGUCAAGCGAAAAUGACCCAAUUCAUAAUGUGCACGUUGCUUGGCAACGGAUGACUCAUCGACUAAACUCCUUAAUUUAUGCUGCUCGGUACUACGUCACGGAACUACUUUCAUCAUCGUGCAUAUAGCUAGCUAGCUAGCUGAGCUACGACGAUGGGUACGAGGCACGAAAAACUCUGGAUUAAUCAUUGGAAUAACCCCAGUUCCAUGCCAGUUCAAGGUAAACAUCGCUAUAAUUUUUUAGUAAUCCCCACGGAAAUACACCAGCGAUCAAAAUGCAUGAUUCUAAUGCAGAAAGAGCAAGCCCCAGCUCGGCCCGAAGUCAGUCGCAGAUCGCAGUGAACUGCAGUGGCAGGUGCAGUGCAGCAGUCACGAGCGGUCGUCCAACCAGCAUGACCGCCAGCGCAGCCCCGUAUCGUCUCUGCCGUCGGUACAGUCGCAGUGCCUCGCGUGCAGAGAUUGUAUGUACAUCGGCAAUGACAGCGUCGACUACGGCCGUGUACCCGCACGCGCUUACCCCGGCCCCUAGCCCUCCGUACAUUUCACACAGCACUCGGCAAUUCAUCUCUCGCUAGCAGCCGACACAAUUUCAGAGCGCGUAUGCGGACGCACAUACUUUAAACGAUCAUAAUAUUGGGAUAUCGCUUGAUAUCGCUGGUGAUAUUCUCCAUGCUAUUUUUGCCACAAUAAAGCUGAUUUUAUUCAAAUAUUUUGAUCAUUUUAAAUUUUUACAAAUUGUUUCACUUAUCAUAAGAGAUUACUGAGUUAUUUAUCUGUAGAGUGAUGUGAGUGCGAGAAGAUUUGGAGGUGUUUUUUAUUUUUCAUGAAUGUAGCUAUUUAAACAGACCUGUUCUGUAGAAAACUUCCUGUUUUAUGAAUUUACAGAAUGAUUAUGUUAUUGCUUUCUGCAAAAUCUUGUUUUUUUUCUGUAAAAUCAGGGGUUUUUUUACAGUGUACAUACGGCCAUAAAAGAGAUCACUUGACACUUAUUGUUCUCUCUUUUCUUUCACAAACAGGUUGAGUUUGAAGAACAAGAAAAACAGUAGAGGUCUACCUGGUACCUAUGGUUAAACAUGAUGAUCAUAAGUGCAUGUAUCAUUUUGCAGAUUCUCAUCCAGGAUGAUGCAACUCUACAAUUUCCAUGGAGGUGAUUGAUGAUGAUAAACAAUUGGUGAAGUAGGCCUAAUAGAACAGUGAUAGGACCACAAAGAGAAAUACAACCUACAGCAGUUAUAUGAGACUGGUGUAACAGAUGUUUUCAUUCAAGAAAUCCAACAAAUUGAAGAGUGACUUAGCUUAGGAAGCACUUGAUAAAGAUGGAAAAGGUUUUUUUUUUUCAAGUCCAAUUUUUUUUAUU